GUUUUCUCAAUAUUCUCUCUUAUUUAUUCAUUUGUUAGUACAUAAUAUGAUGGCUCCGAUGCUCUUUUAUUUAUUCAUGUUCUUGGGCGCUACUACGACUGCUGUGUUAUCUCAAUUUCAAGGUCCAAUCGGAGUAUGCAACGGGCGAUACGGCAACAAUCUACCAUCGGAGCAAGAUGUCGUCGAGCUCUACAAAGGCAACGGAAUUAAAAAAAAUGAGAAUCUACGGCCCCAGCGACGCCACCCUCGCCGCCCUCCGCGACUCCGACAUCGAGCUCAUCCUCGACGUCCCCAACGACGAUCUCUCCUCCCUCCAAUCCGACGCCACACAAUGGAUCCAAACCAACGUCAUUCCCUACUUUCCCGCCACCAAAAUCCGCUACAUCGCCGUCGGCAACGAAAUCAACCCCUCCGAUCCCAAUUCCGCCCCUCUCCUUCUCCCCGCGAUGCAAUCCAUCUACGACGCCCUUUCCAAAUUCGGACUACAAACCCAAAUCAAGGUCUCCACCGCCACGUAUUCCGCCGUGCUCAAGGACACAUCUCCGCCCUCGGCAUCUUCCUUUGAAGACGCCUCGUUCAUGGCUCCAAUCGUCGAUUUUUUGGUGAAGACAGAAUCUGCACUACUCGUGAACAUGUAUCCCUACUUUGCUUUCGUGGGAGACAGGAAUAAAUAUGUCGAUUUCGCUCUGUUUAAGUCUGAGGGAGUUGAAUUUGUUGACGAUGGAUUGGAGUAUACGAAUUUGUUCGACGCAAUGGUUGACGGCGUUUACUACGCGCUGGAGAAGAUCGGAGGGGGCGGCGUGGAGGUGGUGGUUUCCGAGACGGGAUGGCCGUCCGGGGGCGGAGAUGGGGCGGUGGAGAGUGUUGAGAAGGCGGCGGAUUAUUACCGGAAUUUGAUCAGGCACGUGGGCGGGGGGACGCCGAAGAAGGGAGGGAAAGCGUUGGAGACUUACUUGUUUGCGAUGUUGGAUGAGAAUGAGAAGAAUGGGGCUGAAACUGAGAACCAUUUUGGCUUGUUUAGUCCUGUUGAUCAAACUCCAAAAUACCAGCUAGCAUGAUCAUUGUGAGGAUAUAUUUAUAACUUAAAUACUACAUGGAG